UGAGGUUAAUCUAUUCAAGGAUAGGACACGAAACAAUACAACACAAAACUCUGCACCAGACAACGAGAACUAUACACUAAGACAACAAAAAAAGUUAUUGCACAGUCAAGGCACGCGAAUUUCAUCACAAUAGCAUAAUGUUACUGCGACUUGCUUUGUCGGCAGCCCGUCCGGGUAGCAGCCUUCUUGGUCAGCAAUCCUCGCAGAGCUUUCUGAAAUCAAAACUUCAGGUGGCUGUUGUGCGUAACUAUGCUCGUGGCCCGGUACGCACACGCGCUCCUGUGGUGGAGCAGCAGGUACGCCAUCCAUCUCUCAAAGAGAAACUGAUGGGUCCACCAAGUGCUAACGCGUAUUCGAUGGGCAAAGGUGCUGCUGCUGGCGCCGCAGUUGUCGGGUUGGGAGCGCUCUGCUACUAUGGUGUGGGCCUGGGCAAGCACACGAGCAUUGCCGAUAAUGCCAUAAUGUGGCCGGAAUAUGUAAAGAGUCGCAUCCAGAGCACCUACGCCUUCUUCGGUGGAUCCUGCAUCCUGACAGCAGCCUCUGCAGCUGCCGUCUUUCGUUCUCCCCGCCUAUUAUCGUUGGCCUCGCGAGGCGGGAUCAUGUGGUCUAUUGCUUCGCUGGCGCUCGUCAUUGGCAGUGGGGCAGUAGCGCGUUCAAUUGAGUACCAUCCAGGAAUUGGACCGAAGCACCUCGCAUGGGCGGUCCACUGCGCCAUCUUAGGUGCUGUCAUCGCACCUCUUUGUUUCAUUGGUGGUCCGGUUCUGACUCGUGCUGCUCUUUAUACCGGAGGCAUUGUUGGUGGCCUGUCCACAAUCGCUGCAUGUGCGCCAAGCGAUAAGUUCCUGUACAUGGGUGGCCCGUUGGCCAUUGGUUUGGGUUUUGUCUUUGCCUCCUCGUUGGCUUCUAUGUGGCUGCCGCCAACAACAGCCCUAGGUGCUGGUCUGGCAUCCAUAUCCCUCUAUGGUGGUCUGGUGCUUUUCAGUGGCUUCCUGCUUUACGACACGCAGAGAAUGGUCCGCAAGGCUGAGGUCCAUCCCCAAUACUCCUAUACCCCCUUCGACCCUAUCAAUGCCUCGAUGUCUAUUUACCUAGAUGUUUUGAAUAUAUUCAUCCGUAUUGCCACUAUCUUGAGCGGAGGGCAGCGCAGAAAAUGAGUCCGCUAGGGUACAUGUUUUGAAGAUAGAUCGAUAAUAUAUUUAUACCACUAUUGAAUAAAUUUAUAUGCCCUAAAUAUGAUCUAUCUCUUUCAAAAACGCCUUUUUAGGCUGCGAGAAGCACACUAUC